UUUUCUUCUCGCCUGCAGAGGUGGCACUCAGUGCGCUCACACCCGCGCAGUCUGUCACAUAGUCCCCCGCGUCUUGGACACGCACGCCCGUCCCGCCGCAGCUCGCAGCGGUGCGCGUGGUCGCCUGCGCCAUGGCUGGAGACCGCGCACGCAGCUCAUUCGCGAAGGGUGGGGCGACUAACUGCGGGAGGGGGAGGAGGGGGAGGAGGAGGGGGAGGAGGAGAGGACGAGGAGGAGGAGGACCGGUGCGGUGCACAUCGAAAGUGCCACCGAUAUGGGAAAAGGGCGCCAGCACAGUCCGAACCAGGCGUGAAAGACCCAGGGAGGAGACAGGUUUGGGCACGGCAAGCUCUUGCCUUGACGCCGUGGGCUCUGGUCUCUGACACCGUGCUGACCAUUCGGUCUUGAGCGACCUCCGCUCUGGAAGGCCCCAGAGAGGCCCAACCCCAUCUCUCGCAUGCGCUUCGCGCCACGGGCUGCCUUCUGCGGACCCUGGAGUGCCGCCGCCGCCGCCGCGUCGAGGCAGCUCGAGCCAACCGCACGCCAGGAGGAGCAGUGUGUGAGAUGCUGGGCAGAGCACCGGUCGGGACAGGCCGCCGGAUCGGACGGCCGCUACAGCUCGUCGGCCUCGGGCCGCGCGGCCGUCGCCUCCGCGGCCUCGGCAUGGACGGACGGGGACGGGAUCGCCUCGGGUUUCCUCUUCAGACCCUUCUCGGCCACAAGCUCGUGUAUCCCUUCCGUGUCUAAAUGCGUUAUCUUCUCCCUGUAGACCUGCUCGCCGUCCGCGUCGAAGCAAAUCAGUCUCGGAUCCCUGCCCGGAACAUAGUUGAUCGUGAGGCCCUCGUAGGAGCCCCAGUGCUCCUCCUCUUUUACGAACCUCUUCACUUCAGCCAGCUUGUUCAAUCGUCAGCCGCUGCAUGUCUCGAUCUCGCACCUUGCGACGUCGCCUGCCGAGUUCAGGCGCCGAAUCAAUGCGAACGCCAUCAAAAACCUGAGCAACCCGCACAUCGCCCGCCACGACCCACACUACAGUCGGGCCGCUGAAAUAAGGAAAGCUAAAUAAGGAACGAGGCCCUUUUUUG